AUGGAUCAGAUUACCAACUUCUUGGAAAACAGUAAGCUCCCUGAGGAUGAGAAGGCGACGAAGGUGAUAUGGAGGGAAGCAGCCAAGUACGCAAUAGUACAGGGCCAACUGUUCAAAAGAGGGCUGAACCAACCCCUGCUAAAGUGCCUGCGCCCCGAUCAGACGGACUAUGUCUUAAGCGAGGUCCACGAGGGAUGUUGCGGCCACCAUAUCGGCGGAAAGGUCGAGGCGGAGCCGCUCGCCAACAUAUUGUCAGUCAAUUGUCAAAAAUUCAUGUGGAGGCAAAUGAUCCCCAGAUUUGGGAUUCCAGAGGUCGUGAUAUCCGACAACGGGACACAGUUUACCGAUAAGAGGUUCGGUGAGUUCCUUACUGGCCUGGUGAUAAAACAAAGGUUCUCGUCAGUGGAGCACCCACAGACCAACGGCCAAGUUGAAGCCGUAAACAAAGUCAGCCUCCAAGGCCUUAAGAAACGGCUUGACCAGAAGAAGGGAGGAUGGGCAGACAAACUCGCAUCAGUUUUUUGGUCCUACAGAACAACACCACAAUCCUCCACUGAGAGACGCCCUUCCGACUUACCUAUGGGGUCGAUGCGGUGA